AUGAGUGCGCGGACAUUGACAAACGUCGUCAACGACCAAACGGUCGCCUUGAAUGCUCUGAUCUAUGGAUACGCUGGGCACAGCCUCGUCACCCCGCAGCACGCGCUCCAGCAGAUAUGGUGGACCGAGGAGCGAAUCAACGAGAAGGUCAACCACGACUUCGUGACUUCAAGGCUACAACCGAAAGAGAGGGAGCGUCUUACACAACCUGUCGGCUUCGGCGAUCUGAGCGACGACACCUAUAUCGAAUGGAUUCUGGAGAAAGCAAGACGACUGUUCCUGAUAUUGGUCGAGAUUGGCGAAGCGGAUAGGAUCUUCGCGGUUGUUGACAGAUCGUGGGACGACGACGAUUUGCCUCUGGAAAUGGACGACAUUGAGCAGCUUUCGCUGUCGAACCGCCGCGAUAACCACGCCGAUGCUCGCUUCUACCAUACACAGUUCACAUUCCUCCUAAGAGAAUUGCGGGAAGGCAUACAUAUCGAUUAUGCGCCCAACGAGGAGAUUCCAGUCGAGAAUGUAAUGUCUCUGCCAGUGGCAGUGAGCUUACAGGCUUGGCAACGUAUGCACCUACCGAAGAAGCCAAGGGAGAUCUACGUGCGCAGGCGAUUUCCGCUGGGCGACCCAGAAACCCCGGAUGCGUUCGAAGAGGACUUCAAGAUGGAUGUCGAAAGCGCAAGGAUGGUCGAGCAUGAGCAUCUUGCGCCAAUAUGGGCCUCGUAUACCUCCAAAGGCAACGGCUACAUCGUCACCAACUUUGUAGGGCAGCAUACUCUUCGCACUUUCAUUGAUCACCGCAACCCGACUCAGUACCAGAAGCUGUUAAAGCCUGACCGGAGAUGGCUAGUACUUAAUUGGCUGCACUGUCUGGCAGACGCCAUCGCAACGCUGCAUCAGAAUGGAUUCUGCCACUCCGCCAUUCGACCGUCAAACAUUCUCAUUGACGAGCAGAAUGCGAUAGCAUUUAGCGACAUUGGUAGCCUUGAGACGUUUCAGAAAGACAAGAAGCCCGACGCGAUGGACGCCUACGUAUACAGUGCGCCAGAGACACACAUCAGCACAGGACCUUUCGACCCCAAUGACCCUGCGCCUUCACCCACUAUCCCAAACGGUCGACAUGCUUCGAUGAUUAGCAAGAGUUCGUCGGGGUCAUCUGGCAGUAAUAACUCACAACGGCAGAAGCUUACCAAAGCACCUACAACGGACUUCUCCGGUUUCAACUUUGGAUUCAAGAAGUCGAAGGCGAAGCCUACACCGAAGAAACGGUCGCGAGUACACGAGACUGAGAAGGCAGAUGUGUUCUCGCUCGGUUGUGUUUUCCUGGAGAUCAUCACAUUCAUGCUGAAGAAGAAGCCUCACGAUUUCGUAAAGCACCGCACAUCGAAGCAAAGGACCAAUACUGGCGGCAAGAACUCUCGAACUGAUUCAUCGUAUCAUGUCAAUCUUGACAAGGUGGAGACUUGGAUGAACACACUCGAAAAGGCUUCAUUUGAGCAUGACGACGACGCGUUUCGUCAUCCGAAGUAUGCUGAGCAAGGCACCCAUGCUUCGCCCCGCGGCGCGUGA